UGCUUGUGGGUGGUGAGGGUGGGACAGAACACCUUCCUCCGCGGCCUAGCGGCGCCGGGAAAACAAACUCGGUGGCCACCUGGGCCGAGCGCCCGACAGGGCCUCCGGCGCCUCGCCUCGGGCCGGUUCCGGGUGUCUGGUCAGUCUCAGGGCCUUUGGAGAUGGGAUUCUUGGGUCAUAGACUUAAGCUUUGAAAAUGGGAGACGGCAGAGUUUUGCUUUUCCUGGAGACAAGGUCAGUUCCAAGGUCUUUAUUCUGGGGUACUGGAAAAGAGCCAGAACUUUGGAGUCGGGUUGCCUGGUGGAUUCUGGCCUCUGCUACUUUGUGACUUUCUCCCAGUCCCUUAACCUUUCUGUGUUUUGCUAUUUUAGGGGAUAACGAUAUCGCCUAACUUACUGGAUUGUCGUGAGGAGUAAAUGGCUGCAUUUGUGCAAGGUGCUUAAAAUAGUACCAGGCACGGGGUAAUCUGCACAGCGUAAAGAUGCUUUAUUACUGUUGCUGUUUCUAACUAGGACGGCACUUUCUCUUCAGUGACUGGCCUUGGUACUGGCUGUUGUCUUUUGAAUUUUAGUGCUGUUUACCAGUUCUCUUUGUAAUGGAUAAUUUCUGUAUUUUAGGAGGGAAAAUAAAACGUUCUGGAGAAGAGCCUGUCCGAAAGGAAAAAAUUAAAAGUGGUUUGUGUAGUGUGUUGUGGUGUUCGGACUCAGAGUUUUAAAAUCUUGGGGAUGCCAUUUUUUAAGGGGAGGAGGAGCAGCAAGAGGUAUCUUAACAGUGAAGAAGCAUAAGGAAGGACCCUGGUGUGAGCUGACAUUGCUGUUUUGCUCGUGCUUCGACCUGCCAGCUUUCUGACCCUCAGCAAGAAUCCUCACCUGCAUAAGGAUGGCAUGGAUGGAUGAUAGAUAUGAUUGACAGGUAGACAGGUAGAUUGGUGGUAGAUUCAGAGAGACGUAAAUCUGACACCGAGUCACUAACACCCUUCAUUCUUUUUGCAGGUUGUCAAGGCUAAUAUUGACCAUAUGUAGUUUACCAUUGUCCUUGAAUUGACAUCUCUUGCAAUCUCUGACAAUCCUUUCAUCUGCCUCCUUUUUCUUGGAGAAUUUGGAGUUUUUAACAUUCUCAGGACCUACAGGGAUCCCUGUAGCAUUCAUUUUUCUGUUUGUAACUUAACAAAAGACUGAAAACCAUGUCUUUGGUUUGCUUAUUUGACAAACGCAGUCCUGAUCCUGUACCUUUGUGCUCGGCCCAGUUGGGCUGAGACUCCAGGUAGGACAAGUGAUGAGACGUGAGUGGUUGAAAUGACUUUUAAGAACGUACCAAUGUUCAUUUCCCUCCCUACACCCACCCCCUUUAAUCUCGGGUUUACCCUUACCUCCCUUGACCCCACCGAAAUGCUCUGGACUGUAUUUAGGAAAGAAAAGAUAGGAUUUUGAGUAAUAUUUACGAUUGUGCUGGGAAAGGUUUAAAUGCAGGUCAGAGAAAAACGUGAACUAAGUGCGGCCGGCAGCCCCUCAGCAGCAGUCACUUUGAGUUAUUUUCACUCGUUUGCCUGCCUCUCCCUUUCCUUCACUUCCUCUCUCCCCAUCUGUCCUUCCCUGCCUCCCUUUCCCUCCUCUUCCUCCCUUCUUUUCUUCCCUUCAUUCAUUGUACAGCAAACUGGAGGCCAAGACAUCCUAACAUUUAUCUGCAAGCGUGUCAAUGCUGAGAUAGGAACUUUAAUUUAGCCACACUGUCACAAUAAACAGAAUUGACGGCAGCUCUUUCAUCCUGUGUUCACGGUUUCCUGAUUGACCCACAGAUGUCUUUUUACAGUCUGGGAAUGUUGUUUAAACUGCGUGGUGUGUAUUGAAUUGCUAUCUCUUGUAAUCUAUGAUAGUCUUGCCUUCCCUUUGCUUCCAGUUUAAAACUCCAUUUAUUUAUGGGAGAAUGUGCAUUUUCAUUAUUCUCACAUCAAUUGCUUUAUUCUACUGAUACUUAAAAACAACCCUUUAUCUUUAGCUUCUUAGUUCUUGCACUUGGCCGCACUUUGGAUCACACCAGGAGGUUGUCAAAUACUGAGGCCUGUGGCCCACCCCAGCAGCUUGUCCAGUUGACCUUGGCUGCCCAACUAUCAGGAGGCUUUAAAAGCUUCCCAGUGAUUUUCUUGUGUAGCAUAGCUUUAAUACUUUUAGUCUGCUCUUGUGUUGUUACCUGUAUUUGAGUUCUUGGAUCUAGAGGUAUGAUUAAAUUUAGAUCUGCUUAUUUGAGAAAAAAAUUAGGAGUAUCCCAGAUCUCUUGUGACAGCUAAUAAGGAGGAAGUAUUUUCUAACAGUUUUUUUUUCUAACAGUUUAUGUAAUAUUCAUCCAGGUGUGAUAGUUCACACCAGAAAUCUCAGCUCUUGGAAAGUGGAGUCAGAAAGAUUGCCAUGAGUUCAAGGACACCUUGGGCUAUGUGGUAAACUCAAGGCCAUCCUGGACUGGGGUGAGACUCUGUCUUAUAAAACCAAAAGAAAAAGUACAAUUAAGUCAAGGUUACUUAACUUCCAUCUGUCAUCUGUGCUGUCCCUUGAACUGUAGGAAGCUGGGAUGAGAGAAAUUCAAAUGGGCACAGACUUGGAAAUAUCUUUCCCUUAGUAACUCUCCCAGCCUUACUCAUUCUGAUCUCCUUGUUCCAAUGGGUAAAGAGGCGUGCUCUGACAUCUCAGUGUACUCAGAGAACUUGGCAGGCAGGUCUAGCUUAAAAUCUCAAUCCUGAUUCACAGGAAUCAGGUCUUCCAUCCCUUUUAGGAAGCCCAGGUCAUACAGCUGAUAGUGGUGAGGAAGGGCUUCCAUAAAUGUCUUAUUUCACUGCCCAUGUUCUAACUCAGGUGGGAUACUCAGGCAGCCUUCUUUGGCAUGGGUUAUGCCCACUUCAGCCCUUGUGAGGCACAUUGGACAGCCACUGAAUGCUCAUCUACCACAGCUUUUGAGAUCCACAGUGAAGGAAAAGGAGGUGUACCUCUUUUAGUCAUUCUGCAUGGGUCAGAUGUCUCCAGCACAUCCACUCAUCUCUCUGCUGUCUGUUGUCCAACCAGGGGAAACAAGCCUGCCUGCCUGUGUGCUGUGGAGGCAGCCUUUGUCCUUACCUUCUUAACCAGUCGACUACCUCCUCUGGUUUCUAAGUUUCCUUAGUCUUUUGCAGAAAUACAACUCAGAGCUACAGUGAAACGGAAGAACGACUUGGCCCGGGAUGGCUAGAGAAUCAAGGGAAAGCACAACCCUGGACUCGCACUCUGCAGAGGACCAGAUGGAAUUACUGGUCAUAAAGGUGGAACAGGAAGAGGCCUCCCCCUUGGCAGAGGAGGCCAGUUGGCUGGGCAGCCCUGGGCCCGACCGCUCCCGCCAGCGCUUCCGCGCUUUCCGCUACCCCGAGGCCGCUGGGCCCCGGCAGGCGCUGAGCCGGCUCCGGGAGCUCUGCAGACAGUGGCUGCGGCCAGAUAUGCACAGCAAGGAGCAGAUCCUGGAGCUGCUGGUGCUGGAGCAGUUCCUGACCAUCCUGCCAGGGGAGCUGCAGGCCUGGGUGCGCGAGCAGCACCCCGACAGCGGGGAGGAGGUGGUGGCGCUGCUGGAGUACUUGGAGAGGCAGCUGGACGAGACACCUCCACAGGUUCCAGAUGAUGACGAUGGGCAGGAACUCCUUUGUUCCAAGGCGGUACUGCUGACAUCAGCUCAGGGCUCAGAAAGUAGCCAGAUGGAGCCCAUGGAGCCUCUGCUUAAGCAGGAGUCUUUGGGAUCCCUGUCCUCAGAAGUCAGAGUCACCCAGGGGGUCCACUGUGGAGAAGAUGGAGUGACAGUUCCCAGGCUCCCUUCAGAGUUGCAGGGGUUGCUGAAAAUGGAAGAUGUAGCCCCAGCCCUUUCCCCCAGAUGGACAGAGCAGGAUCCAUGUCAGAUGAACCUCUACAAAGAUGAAAUGCAGGAGAACUCUGGCAGCCUGGUUUCCCUAGAUCAGGAGAUGCAGACUAAGAUCAGGGACUUACCUCCAGCUGAGGACUACACAGAACAAAAGCCUGAGCAGACACUGUGCUUCCUGACCGAAGACACUGCUCAGAUUCCUACAGGUGCAGAAGCCAGUGAGCAGGAAGGCAAGUCACAGACAGCACAGAAAAGUGCCACCGGAAACAGGCGGUUCUACUGCCGAGAAUGUGGAAAGAGUUUCGCUCAGAGUUCAGGCCUAAGUAAACACAAAAGAAUCCACACUGGAUUGAAACCCUAUGAAUGUGAGGAGUGUGGCAAAGCCUUCAUUGGAAGCUCAGCUCUCAUCAUUCAUCAGAGAGUUCACACUGGCGAGAAACCAUAUGAGUGUGAAGAAUGUGGCAAGGCCUUCAGUCACAGCUCAGAUCUCAUCAAGCAUCAGAGAACCCACACUGGGGAAAAGCCCUACGAGUGUGAUGACUGUGGGAAAACCUUCACCCAGAGCUGCAGCCUCCUUGAACAUCACAGAAUCCACACUGGAGAGAAGCCAUACCAGUGCAAUAUGUGUCCCAAAGCCUUUAGGCGGAGCUCACAUCUCCUGAGACAUCAGAGGACCCAUACUGGGGAUAAAGAUUUCUUUGUUCCAGAACCUUACUGGGAAAGUCAGAGUAGGGUGGAAAGCCAUUGGGAAAAUAUUGAAACUCCUGUGUCUUAUCAAUGCAAUGAUUGUGAGAGAAGUUUCAGUAGGAUUACAAGCCUGAUUGAACACCAGAAAGUACACACUGGUGAGAAACCUUUUGAGUGCAAAACAUGUGGAAAAGGCUUCACCCGACCUUCAUACCUUAUUCAGCAUCAGAGAAGACACACAGGGAAGAAAACUUCGGUCACAGUGACCCCUGCUGUACAUUCCGAAGUUGGUGUUCAACUGUCAUUGAACUGAAGGCACCCGUGCGUGAGCUCCUAUUGACUGUAGAAGUCACAGGCUAGGGCUCUAUUAAUAAUGCGCAUCCUCAGAUAUUAGGGAUCUGGCUGAGACUCAUUAUCUUCUACAUGCUAGGAGGUAACUAGAGAAAAACAAAAAAUCUUAUUUCAUAGGAGGUGAUGAGAAAGAGUUGUCUGCAAGAGUCCUCACCCAUGGAAUCAAAUGGGCUUCCUGACUGGCAAAUUGCCUUCCCUGGGCCUGCAUCUCAGGUCUCCUGAGGGAUGCUUAUGCUUUGGGGGCGUUCCUCUGACCCUUUGUUAGGCUAAUGAGCCCUUCAUAAGUGGUCAGACUUGGAAAUCUUAUGUCCUGCUUUGUGCCUUGUAUACAGGUGCUAAUUAAUAAACACUUAUUAAAUAUACUGGUGAGAUUUCCUACAUAGCUCUGAAAACCCAUUAUUAUCUGGAAAUUUUCACCAAGGCCAUUUGUAUAUCUUAAAAAAAAAAAUGUUUUAGAUUGAGUCAAUGUAGUACUGCUUUGUUUUUGUUUUUGUUUUUGAUUUUUGCCAAGUACUCUGACUUGGCAGGGGAGGGAUGAAGGUGAGGUUAUUGUGCUAGAAUCCUUUAAUUCUUUACCUAAUUUGGAAUUCUGUGAGAGUGCCUUAAACAGCUUCCUUAGCAUUAAGUCAUUGUGAAUGUGCCACCCAUGGAAUUCCACUAAUAUUUUUUUUUUCUGUUAAUUUUGUUACUCUUGGGAGAAAAAAAACCAAACAAAAACCCUUUCCUACUCAUGUAGUGUGAAAAGCAGUUUCAGAAUAAAGUGAUCAAUGUCUAAA